GCAUGGAGCUGGAGAUGUGAGGAGCCGGGCUGAGACUUCAGACUGGAGCCUGGGGGAAGGUGAGGGAGUUGAAGCCGGCUUUGAGGCGAGGACGGACUCGACGAGAGGCUGAAAGCAGGUGGAGGUGCGUGCAGAGCCUCUGGCCCUCGCUCUGGGAUUACAGACGCUUGUUUGUGUGGAGAGAUGUUUUCCUGGAUGUGCUGAGCCUCUAACAGCCUUGGGACGAAGCUGUUUGGAGAACCAGAGCGAGGAACGUGCUACUUGCUGGACUUUGGCGUUGGAGAACAUCGAGGAGAACAUCCAGUCCUGCUUCAGGUGGACACACCUCACGUGGAGUCCAGGUACCAAGUUCUAAGGCUGUUUCUGGACGCUGUGCUCCAGGACGCCUUUCCUCCAAGGAUUUAAUCCCCUGAGCGACGUUCUAGCAUGAGAUCUUCUGGUGAAAUGGGCUCCACAAACUGCCUCCCAGCAGGAGAAGAUAAGCAAAAGUGAGCUGGGAUGAGAACAGAGUAGUUAUGGCUGCAGGUGCGAACGUAGGAGGUCUCUAAGGGAGACAGAAGACCACCUCUGUUAGUACCAAGACUGUGCAGGAGGUUUUCUAGAAGGUGAAGAGUUUUCUCCGCCAGCCGGUCCAAUGGAGGUGCCAGCGUUGGUGCUGAUGGUGAUGUGCUGGGUGUCCGUUUGGGCGGAUGACAGGAUGGUCUCGGACAGGCAUGCGGUCUACUGGAACAGCUCCAACUCCAGGUUCUGGCAUGGAGAAUACACCGUAGCGGUCAACAUCAACGACUACCUGGACGUUUACUGCCCGUACUACGAGAGUCCUCAGCCCCACAGCCGUAUGGAGCGCUACAUCCUCUUCAUGGUCAACCACGAUGGCUACCUGACCUGUGAGCACAGGAUGAGGGGCUUCAAACGCUGGGAGUGCAACCGGCCACAGAGCCCGGACGGGCCGCUCCGAUUCUCCGAGAAAUUCCAGCUCUUCACCCCCUUCUCCCUCGGCUUCGAGUUCCGCCCCGGACACGAGUACUACUACAUCUCCUCUCCUCAUCCGAAUCAUGCUGGAAAGCCGUGUUUGAAGCUGAAGGUUUAUGUGAAGCCUGCAAAUGGCUCAGGCUACGAGUCUCCGGAGCCCUUUCUGACCGAUAAGAGUGCCCGCGGCGCCCGGACGGCCGCUGCGGUGCUGCUGGCCUCCGUGCUGGCUCUGCUGCUGCUAACCCACCUGUAGGAUCUCCAGCUUCAGCCUGCGAGACCUCCAGCCAACAUCUCCCUCCACAAACCCUCAGGGAAGCCCUCGGGGCAGCAGGUGGCACAGUGGUAGAAGACGCCAACCAGCAACCACUGGGUCACUAGUUUGAAUCCCAGGACUGGCUUGGAUAUUCCCAGUUGGGUGACUGGUCUGUGGUUGCUGGCACCAAGAUCCCAAUUUAACUAGCCUGCUAUUGUGUCCUAGGGCAACCUUCGCUGCCCCAGGGGGCGCUGUUUUAUUUGGCGUCACAUUGGACAGCAAAAUGAAGAAUUUCCAUAGUAAAAUCGACCAGUUAAGCAAACUCUCAGCCAGUUAGCACACAGGCUAAUGCUAGCACACAGGCUAAUGCCUGCAGAGAUAUGGCACACAGACUAAUGCUAGCACAGAGGCUAAUGCUAGCAGAGAUAUGACACACAGACUAAUGCUAGCACAAAGGCUAAUGCUAGCAACAGGCCACAGAGGCUAAUGCUACCCGAGCAGCACCACACAGGCUAAUUCUAGCGCAGCUAGGCCACAUAGGCUAAUGCUAGCAAAUCUGUGCCACUGAACAGUGCUAAACAAGCCCAGAGCAAUCGACUGCUGAGCACACAGACGUUUUUGGACAGCAAAACAGCAGCUUGGACACUUGACAGAGCCUGUUGAGGAAGGCUAAUGCUAGCACACAGGCUAAUGCUAGCAGAGCUAGG